AGAUAAAAAUAAAUAAAUAAAACUCAUAUCUUUAUUUUAUAUUCUCACUUACGAAAAGAAAAAGAAUUGACAGCAGAACAUAGUCCCAAGCUCGCAAGGUUUGGCAGACCCAACACUGGAACUGUUCUCAUUCUCAAAUAAUUUUCAUCUUCUGUCCUCCGUCCGUCACAAAACUGGAGACCGUGGCAACCCACCCAAACCCAAUAUUUUGAGUAAACGAAAAGCAUUGUUCACAAAGAAGCAAUGCAGUUGUAAAUUUGUAAUUGUGGAUUCUCCCUGGACGAAGUGAGAAGAGAAAUAAGUGUAGUGUAGACUGAAAUAUGGAGGCAUUGAAAGCAUGUUAUGGGGAUGGAUCCUCUGAUUCAGAUUCUGAAUCUGCCCCUUCAUUUCCAACCUCAUCUAACUCAGAAGGAUUUACACCCUUGCCACCACCUCCUAUUUCGCUCCUUGAUCCUCCAAACUUUUUAGGGCCUCAAGAUCUGCCAAUAGGUCAGACUAGAGUUAGGAGUUUCCCUCAUGUUGAUGGUAACUAUGCCUUACACAUAUACAUACCAGUUAACAUUCCAUCUCCAUCAAAGAAAGAACUAGCUGCUUUCUUGAAGAGAGUCUCAUCUCAGGAACCAAGCCUCAAUGUUGUUGAUGUUGAUGUUCCACUUAACGUCCUCUGCAAAAAUGAUGAGAAGCUAGAACAAAUUGCCUUCGGAAGAGAAUUUCACAUAAGUUUGGGAAGAACUGUUGCAAUACGUGUGCACCAGAUUGAUUCAAUGGUCUCAAUGCUCAGACAGAAGCUUCAAAAUCAACACAAUUAUUGGAUUGACUUCAACAAGUGGGAGGUUUUUAUUAAUGAUGAUCACACACGCACCUUUCUCUCACUAGAAGUUGUUCAAGGAGGGUUAGUAGAGAUAACGAAGCAAAUUGAAGCAGUCAAUACAAUUUACAGGCUUCAUAAUCUUCCUGAAUUUUACAAGGAUCCACGUCCUCACAUAUCCUUAGCAUGGGCACUGGGCGACAUCACCCAUUCCCUAAAGAAAGUUGUAGACGAGGAAAUGAAGAAGAAUGCUGUCGGGAAAAGUUUAAAGAAGUGUAUUUUUAACUGUAAAUUCGAAGGAGUUGAAUGCAAGAUUGGCAAUAAAACUUAUACGAUAGGUAAAAUUUGACAACAAUAUGCGAAUUAAAUUAAAGAAAGGGUUUUCCUGAAAUAUUUUAGGCUGCAUUGUGUUCUUUUUUACUAAAUGGUGGGUUUCUUGGUUUGGUGGCAUCCUAAAUUCCUAAUCAUAAAAACUUUUAACUCUAUUCUCUUUUGUUCUCCAACAAUGUUAUUUUAAUACCUAAAGUAAGUGU